AUGGGGGACCUACCAUCUCCCCGGGCUGAUAUUCCAGCGCAUUUCUUACAUGCACCAAUUUCAAAUGAUUCCUUGCAUCUCCCUCAGACUAUCGCCCAUCGAGGAUAUAAGGGCCAUUACCCUGAAAAUACCAUUUGUGCGAUCGAUAAAGCAAUCGAAGCAGGCACCCAUGCACUAGAGCUUGAUUUACACAUCACCCGCGACGGGGUUGUUGUUUUGUCCCAUGACUUAAUGCUACGUCGUUGUUUCGGUAUCAAGAAAAAGGUAUCCGAAUGUGACUGGAACUACUUGAAAACUUUGCGGACAUUGGAAGCUCCGCAUGAGCCAAUGCCCAGGCUAGUUGAUGUUCUGGAGUAUUUGCGACAGCCAGGCCGUGAGCAUAUCUGGAUGCUGUUGGACAUAAAGCUUCAUAAUGAUCCCGCUACCAUUAUGCAGGGGAUCGCCAAGGCUGUCGAAUCGGUCCCCAUCCCGGCGAUAGGCCCAGACUGGCAUCGACGUAUUGUUCUGGGCUGCUGGUCAGCCAGAUAUCUACCGCCACGCGCAAAGUACCUACCUCGCUACGAAAUGGCGUUGAUCUGUGUCGAUUUGAGCUACGCUCGCCAAUUCCUAGAUGUACCUCGAAUCUCCUUCAACAUCCAUCAGAAGAGCUUGAUGGGUCCAUUGGGUCGUGGGUUUUUGGAGGAAGCUCGUGCGGCACGUCGCAAAGUAUACUUGUGGACAGUGAACGCGCCAAAUUUAAUGCGAUGGGGUAUUCGACACCAAGUCGAUGGAAUCAUCACUGACGACCCGGCGCGAUUCCAAAGUGUCUGUGAGCAGUGGGAGCUGGAUCGGAAAAAGGGGCCUCUGGCUUCCCUUGAUCCCAAGGCAGAUCGUUUGACCGUUGGACAGCGAGUCGAGAUUAUCUUAGUGGCGGUUUAUGUCCUGACGGUUGGCUGGUUCCUUAAACGCAAGUAUCUACCAACUGUGGAGCGUGUACAAUUCGAGGAGCGGAAGAUGACUUGA